UAUUUACUUGAAAACGAGAAUAAAAUAAUCUUUUUUGUGUAAACGGUCCUAACUAAAAGAGUAGCGAAUAUUAGUUUUUGAAAAAUGACAAUGACAUUAAAGAAAUAUAAUGUAAUUAUAUAUUUUAUAAUAUUAUUAAACUUAGUAGUAAAUGUGGUAAUUGCACAAGAGAAUGGAGCAAGUCCAACAGUUAGUGGUGAAGCUAAAACAAUACCAUCAUCAACUGAAGGUACUGAAAAUGCUGUAGAAAGUUGCAUAAAAGACACUACAUGUAUUAGCGCUAAUGAUACUUUAAAAUUAUGUAAUGGACUUAUUAAAACUCCUGAUAAAUACAUUGAGGAGAAUAUUCGAUCUGGUGUUUACAAAGUAGAAGAACGCAGUUUAGCUAAAUGUAUGUGUAAUCAACCAUAUUAUGAUACGUUAUCGAAAUGUUUAGAAUGUUUUGUUAAUGCUACAGGAACAGAAUUUAAAGUUUCACCUGAAGAAGAAUAUAAGAAACAAUGUGAAAAAAUCGGUGUCACUUUCACUCAAACCAUGCAAAUAUCAUCCGGAAUUUCACCAAAAUAUAAAUGGGGAUUAGUAGGUGGUAUAGCUCUAGUGGUUCUUGGUUUAAUAGGAUUUGCUACAUUUAAACAUUACAAAAAGAAAAAAUUGACAGAAAAAAUUUCUGCCGAAGGAGGUGGUAAAUUAAGUACAAGUAAUGAUAAAUAUCCUCCUCCCCAGUCACCCUCAGUUCAUUUUAGAUAUCAAUAUGGUGAAUAUGCACCACCAGCUGACACUCCUUAUUAUCCUCCUCCACCCGGUGGUCAGGAUGGUCAAUAUCCACCACCACCACCACCACCACAACAACAACACCAUGGAGUCCAAGGUGGUCAAGGUGAACAAUAUCCUCCUCCACCACAACAACAUGAAGGUGGUCAGGGUGGUCAAUCUGAUAGUUAUUAUGAAGGUCGUUUCUAGUUUAGAUUCCUUAUCAACUAUUGAUUUAAAAAUUUUUAUUUUCAUAUAUAUAAAUAGAUGUAUUGUUGAUUUAUUAUUAAUAAAACCAUUUAUUAUACAGC